GGCAACAUGGCAGCUCCCAGUAUCUAACAACGUGUCUUUUUGUUGCUGUGGAUGAAAAAGUGUAAUACAGUAAUACGAUAACGCGCAUUCUCUGCUUCAUUGUCGCCGUAGUACAGAUCCUACCUCUCGGCAGCCAUGAAGACAAAAUCCUCUCACCACAAGGCCGAAAACACGUUCAAGUUUUUGACAUUUUCGGAAAGAUUAGCAAAUGUCAACAUUGACAUCAUACAUCGCAUUGACAGAACAGAAGCCUUUUCAGAGGAUGUUGAGACUUAUUUCUAUGAAGGUUUACAGAAAUGGAGAGAUCUCAACCUCACACAAAAUUUUGUUACGUUCUACAGGGAAGUGUCCAGCAAAUGCCAGUCAUUCCACAUGCUUGUUUACCACCAGACUGCCAUAGUGCAAAGUUUGAAGACGCACCUACAAGUGAAGAAUAGCCUUGCCUACCAGCCUCUACUUGAUCUGGUGGUCCAGCUGGCUCGAGAUCUUCAGGCUGAUUUCUACCCUCAUUUUCAAGAUUUCUUCAAAGCCAUUUCCUCCUUGCUUGACACAAAGGACACUGAACGAAUAGAAUGGGCCUUCACGUCCUUAUCCUACCUGUACAAAUACCUGUGGAAAAUUAUGGUGAAGGACAUGCCAGCAAUAUACAGCUUGUACAGUACACUGUUGGCUCAUCAGAAGGAGCACAUCCGAAACUUUGCUGCGGAGAGCUUUGCAUUUUUAAUGAGAAAGGUGUCUGAUUUGAAUGGACUAUUUAACUGCAUGUUCUUGGAUCUGAAGGAACAUCCCCAGAAGGCUGAUGGUUUGGGGCGGCUGCUGUUUGAGACAUGUAAAGGGGUCAGAAACAUGUUUCAUUCUUGUGCCACAAAGGCAAUACAACUCAUUCUACAGAAGAUAGGACCAGUAACUGAGAAAGAAGAGUCACUUCCCUGGACUUUGGUGGGAGAGGUUUUCAAGCACUUUGUGGAAUCUGCUACAUCAUAUAUUCAAAAAGAAGAAUUUGAGCCUCUUUUUAAUAAUAUUCAGAAUGCACUUAUGGAACUGGCAGGAAAAAUGAGUCCAGGUCAGAGUGCAGAAUGUUCAGAUCAAAUAGAACGGGUACUGGAAGCCUUGGAUAUCUUGGUAGAACAUGGCCACGGUUCAAAAGUCACUCAUCCAGAACGUAUCUGUACGACCCUGACAGACAUACUGCGAGUCCCACAAAUCUCGUCAUCUUGCUGUUGUAAACUUCUUUCCAUCAUUGCUACUUUACUUCUCAGUGAAAACAUCUCCUUAUCAGCCUCUGAGAUCGAAGGAGCUGUUACCAAGGUACUUGAGAGUGAUGUUUCAAGGGAUUUACUUUUGGAGUUCUCAGAAGAAAUGUUCAAUAUGAUGCAAUUUGAGCAGCAUCUCCUGCCAAGCCUCUUGCAGUAUAUUCUGCAGCUCUUUACUGAAGAGGACGGCUCAGCUAGAAGUGAGGCUCUGGCGAUCCUGACGAAGCUCAUUUUGGAAAAGGCGGAGCCGCCUGUUGUUGCUUCCCUUGCAUUUGAAAAAUAUCCCCUUGUGUUUCUGGAAAAGACUAACCCUGCUAAGCUGAGAAGUGGUGACAUCCAGGGAUCCCCUGUACUAGACUACGUCUUGUCUUUGGUGACGCUGUCCUCACAUGACAAUGUCCGUGAACUGUCCUAUUGUUGGUCUGCUCUGGUUGUUCUGCCUCAUCUAAGGCCUUUAGAAAAGGACAGAAUUCUUCCAGUUUUAUCCCAAUUCAUAGAGAAUGUUUUUUCUUUGAUGAACCAAACACUGUUUCCUCAAGAUGUCCUGCUUGUAGCCUGCCAAGCUGUGAGUACUCUUCUAAGUCUUGAUGAUUCGGCUGAUGUUCUGCAGGUGCUGCCCAUGGAAAGAGUGAAAAACCUGUUACUUGCCGCCCCCUCUGAUCCAUGUGCGUUAUUACUGGCUGAUCUGUACUGGACUAGACUAGUUUUCUGUGGCUAUCAAGCGCAACUUUCUCAUGACAUGAAGAUGGAGAUUUUUUCCAAGUUACAAUUUAAUUUAUCGAGCAACUCAUCAAAGGUGCGUCUAUUGACUAUACGGAUUUUACAUCACUUUUGUGAUCAACCGUCUGCAAGUCUAGAGGAAACUAGAGAAGGGGAGAACUUGUCAGUGUUUUCUAUACUCCUACAAGCUGAACUUGUCCCGGCUACUGUCCACGACUAUCGAGAAAAAUUACUACAACUUCGGAAACUUAGACAUGACCUUGUAAAAGCGGCAGCAAAGGAAGGUUUUCAGGAGGUACCAUUAAGAUAUUUGCUGGCCAUGCUUUAUGUGAACUUCAGUCCUCUCUGGGACCCAGUGAUUGAGUUGAUUGUUUCUCAUGCAAAUGAGAUGGAAAACAAAACUUUCUGGAAGGUGUUUUAUGAGCAUUUGGAAAAGGCCGCUGCUUAUGCCGAACGAGAACUACAGGAUGAGCAAAUAGAUGAGCUACAGUGCAACCAGGCAAAGGAUUCCCCUGGCUUUUAUGCUGGAGACAUUGGAGUUCUCUAUGGUGACAUGCUGAAAUGUAGGACAGAUGUAAAUGAGAGGACUGAUUAUACCAACUUUCGGUUUCUGCUGUGGAAAGCAAUGUCGCACUUCCCUGACAGGGUGGAACCACGGUCAAGGGAACUUUCCCCUCUUCUCCUGAGAUUUAUAAGCAAUGAAUACUAUCCAACAGAUUUGUUAGUAGCUCCUUCUCAAGACCUUCGGAAGUUUGACAAGGUGAAGGAUUGUACUGGGGAUCAAACCAUUGCUGAAGAUGUAGCGAUGGAAGAAGAAGAUAACACCGAAUUUGACGAGAUUGACAAUAUUGGAUCACACCCAAAGAAAACUAGAAGAGCUGCGUCAAAGCAACUGAUCGUUCAUUUAGGAGUUUUUUCCAAGUUUUCAAAUCCACGUGCGUUAUAUCUGGAACCCAAGUUAUAUGAGCUCUAUACCCAGCUGCUGUGCCAUCAAGAUCAAAACGUACAAAAAGUUGCCUUGGAUUGUGUGCUGAGCUACAAACACCCACAUAUUCAACCCUACAAGGAAAACCUGCAGAGGUUGCUGGAAGAUAAAAAUUUUAAGGAGGAAAUUGUCCAUUUCAGCAUUUCAGAGGAGAGCUCUAUAGUGAAGCCUAUGCAUAGAGCAGACCUAAUGCCUAUGCUCAUGAGAAUAUUAUAUGGACGCAUGAGAAGCAAAACAGGCAGCAAAACACAGGGCAAGUCAGGCGCUGGAACACGAAUGUCAAUUGUUCUCCGUUUCUUAGCUGGUUCCCAGUCUGAAGAGAUUAGGAUGUUCUUAGAUCUUCUGUAUGAGCCUGUGAAACAUCUGAAGGAUGGCAGCUGUCUGGCACUGGUACAACAGUCUGUGGAACAGGUGGACCUCUCUAAGGUUCUGCCACUUGGACGACAGCACAGCUUACUCAACAGUUUGGAGGUCGUUCUUAAAAAUUUAGGUCACUUGAUCAGCCCCUUCUUGCCAGAGAUGCUCCAGAUUUUACUUUGCUUUACAGCAUCCGUGUCUCGUGUUCUUGAACAGAAAGAAAAGAUUCAACUUAAGUUUAUUAAUCCACUAAAAAAUUUGAGACGUCUGGGAAUGAAACGCUUAUUAGAAUUUUUCACUGAUUUUGACACCUACCCCUACACUGCUGAGGAGAUUGAUGCUGUAUUUGUUGCUAUGGUUUGGCCUCAGAUUUGCAGGCUGGCAUUGGAAAGUCAGCAUUCUCCUUCUUUUGUUCUAAAGUUAAUUCAUGUUUGGAGUCAGUCUUCCAGGUAUUUUCCUUUACUUGCUAAACAAAAGCCUGGGCAGCCCGAGUUUGAUGUACUCCUGAAUGCAUUUUCUCUGCUCUCUACAAAGAAUUUAUCUGACACGACAGCAGGUGUAAUCAUAGAUAUAACUAGUAAUCUGCUGAACAGCCCGGACUUUGAAGAAACUGAAAGCCUCACACGUUUGGUUGUCAAUGACUGUGUUGUUCAUGAUGCCACAAACAUCAGUGAUGAGUGCCCAACCUUUGGGGUGAAGCUGGUUUUACCCAAUGUGCGAGUGCUCUUACAGUAUCUCUGUAAGAGCAUGCUGAAUGCAGAAAAAAUCAAGAAGAAGAAAUUUAGUGCACAAGUCAGCAAGGAGCUGAGCAUCCUAUCAAGGAUCAGCAAAUUUAUCCAAGACAAAGAACAGAGUAAUUUACUCAUAGGGCUCCUUAUAUCCUACUUGCAUAAAGGUAACUUGGCUCAGGACACAGAAGUGGACAUCCUGGAGACUGUGCAGAACUUGCUGAGACACUGUCUGAAGCGCACAAGUUUCUUAAAGCCACUAGCCAAACUGUUUGCUGUGAUCCAGAAUAAGCUAUCCCGGCAGACCCUUUGUACUACUUUUCAGGUGCUCUCUGAACUUGAUCCUCAGUUACAGUACAUCACCGAUGUUGUUGUCAAGUUAAAUGCAUAUGAUCAGAGACAUUUGGAUGAUAUCCACUUUGACGUUCGAUUAACAGCCUUCCAAAAAGCAACUUCCUUUAUUAAAGAGAUGAAAUCUAUAGAUUUGAACUACAUUCUUCUACUUAUGCACAACUGUUUCUACACAAUCCAGCUUGGCGAUAUGUCUUUGAGUGACAAUGCAGGGCUACUCCUUACCAGUAUUAUGAAGCUGCUAGCAGCAGUAAAGCACACAGAGGAGGAGUACCGGGAGAUCAUUCAGCGCACUCUGCUUGACAGCUUGAAGAUUGGCCUCAAAAGUAAAGUUGAGACUAUUCAGCAGGAUUACACUACUUUACUCUCUAACUUGAUCCGAACAUUUCCUAAGCAUCCAGAGUUCUCUGACUUGGUUCAGCUUACAGAUUACAAUGAUCCUGAAAUGGACUUUUUUGAGAAUAUGAAACAUAUUCAGAUCCACAGGAGAGCGCGAGCAUUGAGAAAACUAGCAAAGCAUUUAACUGAAGGAAAUGUAGUGCUGUCCUCCAGAUCCCUGCAAAAUUACAUAAUGCCGUAUGCAACCAGCACUGUAUUUGAUGAGAAAAUGCUUAAGCAUGAACAUAUGAUCAAUGCCUCAGUGGAAAUGAUUGGCUCUGUGUGUAAAAACCUGUCCUGGUCUGCAUACAUGUAUUAUUUAAAACAUUUUAUUCAUGUGCUUCAGAUGGGACAAAUCAAUCAAAAACUGGGAGUCAGCUUACUGGUGACUGUGCUCGACGCUUUUCACUUUGAUUAUAUGACUAUGGAGAAGCAACUUCAAGCAGUUGAGAUAAAAGGCAGUAAACGCGAUCUAAAAGAGAACAAUGUGGAAGAUGAGUUAAUGGAGUUAGAGCAUGAAGAGGAGGAAGAGCAGAUGGACACUCAGGGAGCAGCCCCCACCAAUAAAGAGAAUGAGCCCCCUUGUAAGCAGCAAGACAACAAUCCCAAAAACAAGCAAGUCUUGAACUCUCUUCCAAGAAAUAAAGAAGAUCUGGUCUCACUUAUUAGUCAUAUUCAGGAGACUGUGGCAAAUAACAUAAUUCCAAAGCUGCAGAAGUGUAUUGAUGCAAAGAUUAAAAGUGAGGAAGAGCACAAACUUGUGAAAAGCAAAGUAGUUAAUGAAGAAGAAGUGGUCCGUAUUCCAAUAGCAUUUGCUUUAAUCAAGUUGAUGCAGACACUUCCACAAGAGGUUAUGGAAGUCAAUCUGCCAAGCAUCCUGUUAAAGGUGUGUAUUCACCUGAGAAACAGAGCACAGGAAAUUCGUGACAUUGCAAGAAACACUCUAAUUAAGAUCAUAGAAACACUCGGGCCUCGUUACCUGCAAUAUGUAUUAAACGAGAUGCAGACGGUCUUAGUUAAAGGAUACCAGGUUCAUGUGCUAACAUUUACAGUAAACUUACUGCUGAAAGGCCUUUCUUCCAGACUGAAGAGUGGAGACUUGGAUGGUUGCAUUGAGUCUCUAAUUCAGAUAUUUAACCAUGAAUUGUUUGGGUCCAUUGCGGAGGAAAAAGAAGUAAAAGGAAUAGUCUCUAAAGUCAUGGAAGCCCGAAGCAGCAAAAGCUAUGACUCUUAUGAACUUCUUGCACAGUUUGUUGGAAAGGAUCAUGUUAUAAAAGUGAUCCUUCCCAUGAAAGAGGUGUUGGAGAAAACCACAAGUCUAAAACUGGCUCGUAAAGUCCAUGAAGCUUUCCGCAGAAUUGUUUUUGGCUUAAUAGCCAAUGAAGACAUGACUGCACAGUCCAUCCUUCUGCUCAGUUACGGCCUCGUCAGUGAAAAUCUUCCUCUCUUAACCGAUCAAGAAAAGAACAAAAACUUAGAGAUGCCUCCCCCAGAUCCUCGCCUUCCACCAAAGAGUUGUUUGAUAAUCCAGCCUCCUCCUCCACGUGGUGGUGUGAAAGCUGCUGUUAGCACCAAGACUAACAUGCAUGUUCUUGUAGACACUGGACUGAAGCUUCUGUAUAUGAGCUUAAGAAAGUCCAAAGUGAACUCUUCUGAGGAGCAAGCACUGGAAAUGCUGGAUCCCUUUGUUCCCAUGCUGAUCGGCUGCCUGCAGUUCAGGGAUGUCCAGGUUAUCACCGGUGCUUUGCAGUCUCUGAUCUGGAUGUUGAAGUUUUCUUUGCCAUCUGUCCAGCAGAAUACACAGCAGCUAAUUAAACAGCUUUUCCUUUUGUUAAAUGAUUAUGCUAAAGCUGGAGUAGCCAGAGGGCAGAAUUUCCACCUGGUAGUCAGUUGUUUUAAGUGUGUUACCAUACUGGUACGACAUAUGAAGGGAACCAUCACUGAGAAGCAGCUACAGGUCUUACUUGGAUAUGCCGAGGAGGAUCUUUACGAUUCAUCACGUCAGGCCACAGCUUUUGGAUUGUUGAAAGCUAUAGUAUCUAGAAAACUUAUUGUUCCUGAGAUGGAUGAGGUGAUGAAGAAAGUGGCAAAGUUGUCAGUCACUGCCCAGAGUGACCCAGUGAGAGUCCAGUGUCGUCAGAUAUACCUAAAGUAUUUGCUAGACUAUCCACUUGGAGAAAAUCUCAAACUCAACUUGGAAUUUAUAAUUGCCCAAUUAAGUUAUGAAUAUGAAACAGGGCGGGAUUCUGCCUUGGAAAUGAUCGCUUAUCUGUUCCAGACUUUCCCAGCGGGAAUACUUAAUCAAUUCUGUGGACUUAUGUUUGUGCCACUUGCUUUGCUGAUGGUCAACGAUGAUUCGACAAAGUGUAAAAAAAUGGCCGCCUUGGCAGCAAAAUCACUUCUUGGCAAAGUCGAUAAUAAGCAGAAGGACUUGAUGUUUUCACUGACUACACAAUGGUUGAAUAAUGAAAAGUCCUCUCACAAGAGGUUGGGUGCUCUGACCUGUGGGUUGUUUGUUGAAGUUGAAGGAGUUGAAUUUGAGAGGAGACUUAAAGCUGUUCUGUCAAAAAUUGAAAGCGAGAUUGAUCCUAUACACUUUGAGGAUUUAAAGGAGGAGACUGAAGAAAAGGCAGCAGACAGAUUACUGUUCAGUUUACUGACUCUGCUUACCAAGCUGAUCAAGGAGUGCAAUGUUAUGCAGCUGCCAAAGCACCUAGAGAUCACGCAUAAAAUAUGUGCUCACGUUCAGUCCCAUUUAUGGUACCCCCACAGCUGGGUCUGGUUAACCUCUUCCCAGAUUUUUGGACAGUUGUUUUCCCUUCAAAAACCAGAUGAACUGGUCAGUAAAUGGAUGGCUAGGAAAACAAAGAAAAAGAAAAGCCAACCUGAGUGCUCAGACUUGUUCUUAGCUGAUCAGCUGGAAACAAAGAUGAAGGAUCUUGCUCUUGCCUUCUGCCAUCAGUUGAAGUCAAAAUUUCUUGACCAGACGCUGGGGGAACAGGUUAUAAAGAAUUUAUUAUUUGUGGCGAAAGUGAUGUAUCUCCUCCAUCCUGAAGUGGAGGACACCCAGACAGUUACUGAAGAGGAAAUCAAUGACCAGGGUGAGAAAGAAGAUGGCUCUGAGGAUGAGGAGGAUGCUGAAAAAGAGACCAGUGAUGAGAAAGUUGCCACCUUGAUGUGGCUUAUGAAAAAGCUUUCCAUACUGGCCACGAGGGAAGCGGCGCACACACCAAAAAUUCCACUGAAAAGAAUAUGUAUAUUUAAAUUCCUGGGAGCAAUAGCAGUAGAUCUUGGAAAUGAAAAAGUGAAGCCAUUCCUGCCAACUAUCAUUGCCCCACUCUACAGAGAACUGAACAGCACAUAUGCAGACCAAGACCCUACACUGAAAAACCUCUCUCAAGAAAUCAUUGAGAUUCUGAAAAGCUUGGUUGGAUUGGAGUGUUUCUCCUGGUCUUUUGCUAGCGUACAGAAAGAAGCCAAUCUAAGGAGGGUUAAGAGGAAAAAGCAAAAAGCACUGCAGGCGGUAGCAAAUCCUGAAGUAGCAGCCAAGAAAAAGCUAAAGAAACACAGGAAUAAAAUUGAAGCUAAGAAGAGGAAAAUAGAGUUUCUGCGACCUGGAUAUAAAGCCAAGAGGCUACGCGGCCAUUCUCUCAAAGACUUAGCAAUGGUGGAAUAAUAGUGGCUAAGACACAUCAUAAAUAGGGAUGAGCGAAUCGACUUCGGACGAAACAUCUGAAGUCAAUUUGCAUAAAACUUUGUUUGAAUACUGUACUGAGCGAGCGCUCCGUACAGUAUUAGAAUUGUAUUGGCUCAGAUGAGCCGAAGUUAUUAAUGCGCGAAGUCUCGCGAGACUUCUGGUAUUAACUUCAGAAAUUAAUUUCUACUGUUAAAAACCUUUUACCGAACUCUGGUUCGGCUCCAACUUGGAUUCGUUCAUCCCUAAUCAUAAACAUUGCUUAAUGCUAUGGAUGCACAUAUAAAAACAAGUAACAGAGAAAAAUUGUUGGCGUUUUGUAUGUGAAUCCAUGUGUGUUGUGCUGCUAGAAAAAAAUUAGUACAGUUUAAUGUACAUUACAAUUAAA